AUUAGAAUAGCCCUUAUCAAAUUGAAACUUGCUCAAGAACCUUCUAAGCUGAAACAGAAAGAAGCAGCAAUCCUCAUCCUCAUCGACGGCAAAACCUGGAGCGAUGGUGCUAUGGGUGCCAUUUUCUUUCUCCUCGCUGCACCUAUUUUUGGGUUUUUCUUAUUCAACUUGCUUUAUCGAAAGCAGUCCUUUUGGAUAUUGAUUAUUGAGGAAUCUUUCCUAUAUCUGUUUCUUGUGGACUUACAGGGGCUUAUAUAGGAAAAGAUAGUGGCACUAUGGUUGAGUUUCAUUGAAGAGAGUUUUUUGUAUGUAUACAUUGGUAAAGAAAUUACAUGACAUUCCAAGAAUACUUACCUUUUACUCUCACUUACUAGACCAUUGUUUAUCAUCUAAGUCGUUGAAUCUUACCAAAGUGGUUCAUGGACAGUUAAUAAAAGUAGGUUUCAAUGGUCACACAUUUUUAGGAAAUCGCUGCCUUCAAUUUUAUAUUCGGUUCCAGUCCACUGAUGACAUCCUUAAAGCAUUUGGUGACAUACAGAGGAAGAAUUGCAUAUCUUGGAAUAUAUGCUUGAAGGGUUUGCUUAACUGUGGCCAAAAUGAGAUGGCACAUUCCCUAUUUCAGAAAAUGCCUGAACGAGAUGUUGUGAGUUGGAAUUCCAUGAUUUCAUGGUAUGUUUGUUCUGGGCGGAGCGACUUAGCGAGGGAAGGAUUCCAGGAAAUGUUAUAUAUUGGAGUGAAGCCGAGCAGUUAUACUUACUCGAUCAUUACAUCUCUGGUGUUUGACGCUCUGCUCGGCAAGGAGCUUCAUGGUAGGAUUAUUACAAGUGGCUUAAUCAGGUCGAAUGUCGUUCUCGGGAAUUCUUUAAUCGAUAUGUAUGGUAAGAUUGGUCUUAUCGACUAUGCUGUUCGUGUGUUCAUGAGUAUGGAGUAUUUGGACUUGAUCUCUUGGAAUUCAUUAAUUACGGGUUGUUGUCGAGCAGGAUUUAGUGAGUUAGCACUUUCUAAGUUUUCUUCAAUGAGAUCCUUAGGAUAUUCACCUGAUCAGUUCACAUGUUCUGCAGUAAUCACUUGCUGUACAAAUUUACAGAACUUGAAAACAGGUAGGCAGCUCUUUGCUCUCUGUAUCAAGGCUGGCUUUCUUAGCAAUUCCAUUGUCUCAAGUGCCCUUAUUGACCUGUUCUCGAAAUCCAACAGACUGGAUCAUUCAGUUCAGCUCUUCACCGAACUCGACAGAUUUGACUCUGCAAUUUACAAUUCUAUGAUUUCGAGCUAUGUAUCUCACGGCAUAAGUGAGAGUGCUAUCGAACUCUUUGUGCUCAUGCGGAGGGAGGAUGUUAGGCUUACUGAGUUCACCUUAAGCAGUAUUGUGGCAUCCAUUACUGGUAUACAAGUAGAACAAGGAACUCAAAUCCAUACUUUGGCAAUCAAAUUAGGUUUUGAAAUGGAUUUAAUAGUUUGUAGUUCUCUUGUUCACAUGUAUGCAACGCUUGGGUUUAUAGAUUACGCGAUGCGAAUUUUCACACAUAUGGUUCAGCCAGAUCUGAUAGCUUGGAAUACGAUGAUCAUGGGAUUAACCCUUAACGGGAGAUUAGUUGAGGCUAUAAAUUCCUUCCAAGAAUUACAUAAUAGAGGUCUAAUUCCUGAUCAUAUGUCACUAACAGCAGUUCUACGAGCAUGUAGUUAUGGAGGUUUUGUUGAUGAAGGAGUGGCUAUUUUUUCAAAGAUUGAUGAAUAUUAUGGUUUAGUACCGUGCUAUGAGCAUUAUGUUUUCCUUGUGGACUUAUUGUGUCAAAAUGGUAAUGUCUAUGAGGCAAUGGAAGUUACUGAAAAAAUGCCGUAUGAACCAAAAUCAACAAUUUGGGAAUCUUUGCUUCAUGCUUGUAUAGCUCAUGGAGAUUUGAGACUUGCUGAGAAAGUAUCUAAGAGACUGGUGGAGUUAGAGCCGUAUUUAUCUCUACCCUAUGUGAUUUUAGGUCGUAUAUAUGAGAUGACGGGUCGGUGGGAGGAUGCAGUUCGAGUGAGGGAAGCCAUGAAGAGGAUUGUAGUGAAGAAAGUUGUCGGAUAUAGCUCGAUUAUGAUUAAAAGUCAUGUACAUAGUUUUACGGAAGACCAAUUACAACAAAAUGCAGGCAGAGAUGUUUACUUGAUUCUAAGAUUACUGACUUGGGACGAUAGUGGAACUUCGACUGUGGAAGAAUUAAAUGAAUUUUGAUACUAUUGCAAACACAAUUUAGUUAGAUGUUCUCCGUGUGCUCAUUCCACGACGGAGUUUACUAUUAUGGUAUUGCUCUUGGAACUCAAAUGUGGCACAUUCUUACGAUGUGGGUAUGUACUCCUUUCCGAGAUUAGAGGAUUAAUAUACGCUUGCAUGGCGGCUUUAAUUCAAGAUGAAUUCUAUGGUUUUGAUAUUUGACCUUCAAAUUACUUCCCCUAAGGGUAUAAUCUGGGUGUCUACUGGUGGAGAGCAUUUCUCUAUACUUCUAUUUUUGAUUUGAUUCAUGUAGAUUUAUGGGGGUCAUUAUCCCGAAAAAGGAAUGUCCACAGCUGAUAGCAUAUGUUUGGAUUCUCUGUGCAAGUUAUUGUUACCGGAAAAGCUCCCAUCGAGAACCUCUUCGACCAAUUUGAUGACCCAGUGGCUAACAAUGCCGGGAUUACAGCACCAAUGUUCAAGCUAUUGUUCUCGAAAAGGCUCCCAUUGAGCGCCUCUCUGACCACCUUGCUGACCCAGUGGCUAACAUUGCCGGGCUUAUGUUACCAACUUUGUUCCCGGAAAGUGAAAGAAACUAGGAUGUGUAAUUAUCUAAGGAAACUCUAAUUUUACAAUGUAUGAACUUAAGUUAUGGUCACUGAUAAUUCAGCUUUGGAAAUAAAUGCAACUUUGUAUUUACUGAAGCUUUGUAAAUGUAAAGUGUAAGGAAUAGUUCACCACAACAGAUUGUCAAUUGCCACAAA